GGACCCAGGCACCCAGAGAUCAUGAAGCUGGGAUUUGUCUGUGUGUUGCUUUCUCUCCUGGCAGGGAACAGCUGGGCAGACACCAGAGCCAUCGGAGCUAAGGAAUGCCAACCCAACUCCCAGCCCUGGCAGGCCGGCCUCUUCUACCGCACCCACCUCUUCUGUGGGGCCACCCUCAUCAGCGACCGCUGGCUGCUCACAGCUGCCCACUGCCACAAGCCGUAUCUGUGGGUCCGCCUUGGGGAGCAUCACCUCUGGAAAUGGGAGGGUCCAGAGCAGCUGUUGCGAGUCACGGACUUCUUCCCUCACCCCGAGUUCAACAAGGAUCUCAGAGCUCAAGACCACAACAACGACAUCAUGCUGAUCCGUCUGCCCAGGAAGGCACAGCUGGGACCUGCUGUGCAGCCCCUCAACAUCAGCCACACCUGCGUCUCCCCGGGAACCCAGUGCCUCAUCUCAGGCUGGGGGGCCGUGUCCAGCCCCAAGGUGCAGUACCCGCUCACGCUGCAGUGUGCCAACAUCAGCAUCCUGGAGCCUAGACUCUGCCAUCGCGCAUAUCCGGGCCACAUCACCAAGAGCAUGCUCUGUGCUGGCCUGUGGGAGGGAGGCCGCGGCUCCUGUCAGGGUGACUCUGGGGGCCCCCUGAUUUGUCACGGGACCCUGGCUGGCGUGGUGUCUGGAGGCGCGGAGCCCUGCUCCCGACCCCGGCGCCCUGCCGUCUACACGAGUGUGUGCCACUACGUGCGCUGGAUCAGAAAAACAAUGGAGGAAAACUGA